UUUGUAAUCCACUCCUGCAGCCAAUUCUGACGGUGUCAACGAACAUCACGCACCUGCAGCUCUCCAAGAGGGUGCCAGCCCCGCGUGACCUAGGUUUCUUUGGCCACCAGCCUGAAGACAAGCAGAGGCACAAGGACCCGAGUCAUUCUGCUCCUGUGAUUUGCACCUCCCAUGUAUACGGGGAUGUGGACACACCUUCAUGAUUCAAAUGAGGAAACAAGUAAUAAGACACUUGGAAAUACAAUGAGACUUAUCAGGAACAUUUAUAUAUUUUGUAAUAUUGUUGUGUCGGUAGAAGGCUGGGCUCCAAAACUUCCAGAAGGAAAGGAAUUGGCUACCAACUACUCCAACAUGGCUCUAAGAAAGGUUCCCACAGACCUGGCUCCAGCCACGACCACACUGGAUUUAUCCUACAACCUCUUAUUUCAACUCCAGAGUUCAGAUUUUCAUUCUGUCUCCAAACUGAGAGCUUUAAUUGUAUCCCAUAACAGAAUCCAAGAGCUGGAUAUCAAGAUCUUUGAAUUUAGCAAGGAGUUAAGAUAUUUAGAUCUGUCUUACAAUAGACUGAAGAUAGUAACUUGGCACCCACUGGCAGCUCUCAGACAUUUAGAUCUUUCCUUUAAUGACUUUGAAACUGUGCCCAUUUGCGAGGAGGUUGGUAACAUGACACAGCUGGAAACCCUAGGUUUGAGUGGAGCAAAAAUACAAAAAUCAGAUUUCCAGAAAAUUGCUCAUUUGCAUCUCAACACUGUCUUCUUUGGGCUGAGAAGUCUUUCUCACUACGAGGAAGGCAGCCUGCCCCUCUUAAACACAACAAAACUUCACAUAAUUUUACCAAUGGAAGUACAUUUCUGGGUUCUUUUGUGUGAUGGACUCAAGACUUCAAGAAUAUUGCAAAUGACAAAUAUAGACGGCAAAAGUCAGUUUUUAAAUGACGGCCCUCCACGACAUCUUACUUCAGAGAAUUCCAAGACAUCUACUCUGUUAUUUAGCAAAGUUGAUUUACUGUGGGAUGACCUUCUCCUCAUCUUCCAGUUUGUUUGGCACACGUCAGUGGAAUACUUCCAGAUCCAGGAUAUGAUGUUUGGAGGGCAGGUGUAUCUUGACCACAAUUCAUUUGACUACUCAGAUUCUGUCAUGAAAGCUGUAAGACUGGAGCACAUCCAUUUCAGAGUUUUUUCCGUUCCACAAGAUAGAAUCUACUUGCUUUUCACAAAAAUGGAUAUAGAAAACUUGACAAUAUCAGAUGCAAAAAUGCCGCAUAUGCUUUUCCCUCAUGCUCCUAAACGUUUCCGGUCUUUAAAUUUUGCCAAUAAUAUCUUAACAGAUGAACUAUUUAAAGAUCCAAUCCAGUUGCCUGAUUUGAACACUCUGAUUCUGCAGGGCAAUAAGUUGGAGACCCUUUCCUUAGUGAGCUGCUUUGCUAACCGCACAGCCUUGAUGUACUUGGAUCUAAGCCAAAAUCUACUGCAGCACGGAAAGGAUGAAAAUUGCUUGUGGCCAGAAACUUUGAUCAGCAUGAACUUAUCAUCUAAUAAAUUUGCCGAUUCUGUUUUCAGGUGCUUGCCCAGAAAUAUUCAAAUUCUUGACCUGAACUAUAACAAAAUUCAAAGGGUCCCCAAGGAGAUUGCUCAUCUGAAGUCUUUACAAGAGCUAAAUAUUGCGUUUAAUUUUCUAACUGAUCUCCCCGGGUGCAGUCAUUUCCGAGGCCUCUCAGUUCUGAACGUUGAAAUGAACUUAAUUCUCAGCUCAUCUCGGGAGUUUUUUCAGAGCUGCCAGGAGGUUAAGACUCUAAACGCAGGGAAAAACCCAUUCCAGUGUACUUGCGAAUUAAGAAACUUCAUUCGGCUUGAAAAACAUUCAGUGGGCAUGAUGGUUGGAUGGCCAGAUUCAUACAUCUGUGAAUACCCUUUGAAUCUAAAGGGGACUCUGUUAGAAGAUGUUUAUCUUUCUGAGCUGUCUUGCAACACAGCUUUGCUGAUUGUCACCGCUGUCGUCCUCUUGCUGGUUGUGGUGAUGCCUGUGGCUGUCUGUUUCCUCCACUUUGAUGUGCCCUGGUAUCUCAGGAUGCUGGGCCAGUGGAUGCAGACAUGGCACAGGGCUAGGAAGGCAGCACAAGAGCAACUGAGGAGAAACGUUCAAUUCCAUGCAUUUAUUUCAUACAGUGCACGUGAUUCUCUCUGGGUGAGGAACGAAUUGGUCCCCAAUCUAGAGAAAGAAGAUGGUUCUGUUUUGCUUUGUCUUUGUGAGAGAAACUUCGACCCCAGCAAGAGCAUUACUGAAAACAUCCUUAGCUGCACUGAGAAGAGCUACAAGUCCAUCUUCGUUUUGUCUCCCAGCUUUGUCCAGAGCGAGUGGUGCCACUAUGAACCGUACUGCCCUGACAAUUCCGAUCACACCAUUCUCCUCGUGCUGGAGCCCAUCCCGCUGUACUGUAUUCCUACCCACUUUCAUACGCUGAAAGCUCUCAUAGAAAAGAAAGCAUACUGGGAAUGGCCCAAGGAUAGGCGUAAAUGUGGGCUUUUUUGGGCAAAUCUUCGCACUGCUAUCAGUGCUAACUUAAUAGACGCCAGAGAAAUGUGUGAACUACAGACAUUCACAGAACGGAAUGCAGAGUCCUGGGGUUCUGCUGUCUCUCUAAUGCGGACAGACUGUGUGUAAAGUGCCUGCCAACUCCCAGGGCAACCAGGGACCACAUACAUUGUUGGGACAUAAGUGGAUACAGCCUUUAUGAUGGCAAUUUGGCAAUAUCUAUUGAAUGGAAAAAUGAAAAAAAUCAUGUCAAUCGCUAGAAAGAUUUCUAACAAUGUAUUCUCAGAAACAUCUGCACACGUUUGCCAAGGUUUAUGUAAAAAAGAGUCUAUAAUCAUAAAAAAUUGAAAAGCCUCCCAAAUGUCCUCCAAAUAAAGAUUGACUCAAGAAAGUCUAAAACAUCUAUAAUGGAAUAUUAUACAGCCAUUAAAAUGAUUAGGUAGUUCUGUAUUUACUGGUGCAGAGAAACUUACAUUAAUAUAUUAGUUUAUACAUUGAAAUAAAAGCAUACAAGAUUCUACAUCAGUACACUGUAUAGUAAUAGUGAUUUGGGUCUAGAAGGUUGGAUUACAGGAAGCAUUUGCUUUCUAUGUUGUAUUUUCUAUAAUGGUUGAAUUGCUUACAGUGACUCUGUAUUUCUUUUUCAAAUAAAAAAAAUUAAGAUAA